GUUUAUUUGCUCUUUAGUAGAAGUUACCGCCAGAUUUACAUCAUGUUUAGAAUAGCUCAAGUGUCAAGAGGAAGUGUGCAGUUAUCCAGAAGGAUACUUGCAUCCAAUGGACUGGCAUCACCAGUGUUUAAAAGAUACAACAGCCAAUCACAAAUAAAACACCAAUUGGACAACACAAAGGCAUACCUCAAGAAGGUCAAGGUGGAAGACUCAAAGGAGUCCGAACAGGUGUUGGCAUACUUUCGAAAAGCCGGGGUGGUGACUGCUGGUGGGAUCUUGCUUUUCUAUGCAUACGCCAUCACGGUGCAGAUGCUCAACAAGGAAGACGAAGAGCCGGAAGUGGUGCCUGUCUUGUCUCAGGAUGUAAGAUAUAGGUAGACUUCCUCAGUAAAUAGGCGAGCUUGUAAAUAGAAAUAGAAAAAGAA